CACACGCGUACGCACAAAACGAAAACACGAAUUUAGUUAGUCAAGUAAGUUUUUGAUAAGUUGAUAAUAAGUUUGAUAAAGGAAAAGCAAAGCAUGAAAAACUGGCAAAAUGAUGCUGCACUGCCGCCGCAACGUGUUAAGCAGUCGGCAUCAGCUACAACCGCCAUAAGCAUUGAGAGUGACGGGGACGACAAUGAGUCAACGACAGCUGAGCACGAUUUAUUGCUGCCAGCGCCAGCGCCGACGCAGCCUCUGCUGCUGCAGACGACGACGCCGCAGCCGUCGCUGCCUGCGCCGCCCUUCUCGCCAUUGACCUCGGUACAACAACAACAACACGAGCUAUAUCAACAGAUGAUAAGCGGUUCAAGUGGCGGUGGCAGCGGCAGCGGCAGCACCACCAUUAACAUGGAGCACCUGCCAGCGGCGACAUCGGCGGCAACACGUCCAGCUCCAGCUGGCAAUAGAUUGCUAGCUUCCUUUCUGGCCAGACAACGCUCCUUUACGCCGGUGAGCAGCACACCUGUGCGGAGUACACCUGUUCUUAUGAGUCGACGACUGCAGCAGUCCAGGAGUGUGGGUGGCGGGGAGGAGCAGCCAACAGUGGGAGGAGCAGCGGGAGCAGGAGCGGGAGGAGCAGCAGGAACAGUGCCCGCUGCAGUGCGUCAACUGGGCUUUUGGCGUGUGAAUCUGAAUGAAAUGUUUUCGCUAUCAACGGCGCCAUCGACAGAAGCGUUGCGUUCCUUUAUAGCACAUUCCAAUUUUCGUUAUCAGGGAGCGGGCACGGGAGCAGGAGCGGGAACAGCGGCGGGAGCAGCAGCAGGAGCGGGAGCAGUAACAGCAGCUGCAACUGAUUUAAAUGAUGCAGAAGCCAGCACAAGUGCCUCCUCCACCAUUUCCAUGGGCAGAAGCAUCUCAUUACGGGAGGAUGAACUGCAGCCAGCCAGACAUGGCCUUAAUACCAGACACACAGCCAGUGUGCUCGGUCUGUCCACAAAUCCGACAGCUGACAAUGUUCCCAGUCCGGAUGCAACUCCUUCACCCGCUGCCUCAACUGGCAAUGGAACUGGAAAUGUCGCUGAUCCCGCUGAGCAACAAAAUAAUGCCGAUGAUGAUCAUAUCAUCACAGACAUGGUUGUCCAGAUCCUGAGUCACUUUGUGCGCUAUUUGCCCAUUAUCUGUAUACUCCUGAUCAAGUUCGUCCAUGAUCAUUGGCUGGGCAUACUCGAUCUGCUGCUGCUCCAGACCAUCAUGUACAAUUUGAAUCGUUCGCUGCGCUUCCAGGUCGCUCACUUGGCCCAAAAGAACUAUGCAAUCUUGUUGAGAGAUGCCAGCCUGGUGGUUAUUGUGGUCACACUGCGUCUCUUUCUGGCUAGUACACCGCCAGAUCCAUUGGGUUUGUUGGUGCCACCGUCAACAGACUACAAAAUGGCCUCCGUCAGCCACACGGGAUUUGAGGAGAUUGUGGUGCCCAGCACUUUGCACUCCAGUGGUGUGGAGGCCUUAAAGGAGGCCGAUCUCGUUGUGCCCAGAGUCGUUCCACUGGGAUUGCUGCUCUACCAUAUUGCAGUCAGCGAUCUCCUGCUGAAACUCCUCACGAUCCUCGUCAAGAUCGGAAUUACGAUGCUGCCCAUGCAUGUGAUACGACUGAAAGUUCGAGCACGUCUUUAUGUUCUGGUGGAGUACAUCUCCCAGUUCUAUCGUGCUCUAACUCCCAUCACGCAGUGGUUUCUCUUUUUCUUUGAAUCGUAUUCGGCACUGGAGGUCAUCUCUGGUGGACUGCUCUCCUCAUUCUACAUUGGUGCCAAGAUCUUUGAGCUGCUGGAACGUGGCAAAUCUUUGAAGAAAGCUAUAACCACAUUUCGACGCAAUAUUGACUCGGAGCGUCCGCCUACAAAGGAGGAACUGGAGGCAGCCGGCUCCGUCUGUCCCAUUUGCCAUGAUGCGUACUGUUCUCCGAUUAUACUGGAAUGUGGGCAUAUAUUCUGUGAUGAGUGCGUCCAGACGUGGUUCAAGCGGGAGCAGACGUGUCCCAUGUGCCGUGCCAAGGUCAGUGAUGAUCCCGCCUGGCAGGAUGGCAGCACAACAUAUUUCCAUCAGCUCUAUUAGAGCGUCUUCUAUACUUCUAUUCCUCUAUCAGAAACUAUCUUUGUAUCUUUGUAUCUCUUGCAAGUUUUGUAUCCAUAUUCAUACUAUGUGUAAAUAGCUUAAGUUUUGGCAUAACAUUUCCAAAAAAAUGCUAAACAACAAUUUGUUUAUUUAGAUGUAACAGUUAUUAAUUAUACCUAUUAUUAUUAUUAUUGUAAUUGUAAUAUUAUUAUUAUUGAAAUUUGUGAACAAGUCAAGUCUUUAAUUUGGCUUCUGACGCUUGGCCAAGAUUUGUGAUUGGGAUUCAUAAUAUUCCCCGUCGCCGCUCGUUGCCGCCUUGUUGAUGCUGCGAUGUCGAUCCUUGGUCACAAUCUCCUCCAAAAUCUCGCUGUCUCCCUUGAUGAGACGUGUGCGUCCAGUUACGGGAUCUAUUUCACGGCGUAUUUGGCUCUGACGACGCUGAUAUUCCUCCGGCGUUUCUGGAGCAUGCGAUUUGCUGUUCAUCAACGCUUAAAUAUAUAUAGAAAAUAUAUGUAAUUGUGCUGAUUGA